AAAUUGUAAUGUGUGGCGAGUGACCCAAGCAAUGUGAGCAGGCUUAGGGAUAGGUGAAUACAGAGGUGAUCUCAUCAAACUGCUGCUGAUCCUUAAUUGUCUAAUUAGUAUGGUGGGGGAGGAGAGGUGGUUAAGGUUGCUUCAGCAAACAUUUUUUCCUUUAGUCACCUAUGAAAUGGAUUAGUGCAAUUACCAUACUGUGGAAACGGGAUUUGGACUGUGUACGUAAAGGAUGCUGACUACUCUAAGAACAAGAUUCUGCUGCUAACUUCAAGCUCUGCCUGAUUACAGCUAAACCUAUAUAUUUCACAUCCUAUCAUCUCUGCUGAUUGACCCGUCCUGGCUUUUUAUAAAAAUGUUCAAUGAAAACCUCAAUAAUUCUCAAAAUUGUCUGCUGGAGGAAUACAAGCGAGAUCUAGAACUGUUAAAAAAAGAGUUACAACAUGAAAAACAGGAAGCCAGGAAAAGGUACAACUCAGAACUAAUGCAAUUUAAAGAGAACUGUGAGAAAGAAAAGAACAAGUUAGUGAAUGAUUUGACAUCUAGGUGGGAGCAGCAGAAAAGCCGCGAGCUACAGCAGCUGAAAGAUUCAUCGUUCAAAGAAAGGGAACUGGAAAUAAAGCAGAUGAUGAGAUGGAAAGAGGAGGAAAUAAGGGAGGUACAGAUGUUUCUACAAAAAGAGAGAGAUUCUGCAAUAAAACAAGCUCGGGAACUACAGAAGCAGUUGCUUGAUGAAUUACUGAAUAAGGGCAAUAUGGGAAAGGGUAGCAGUAACAAGAAAAAUGAACCAAACUCUCCACUUGGUAGUGAAUGCCACUGCAAAGUUCAGGAUGUCCUGUCUAAGCUUCGAUGGGACUAUGAUGGUGAACAGGCUGCACGAAUUAGAUAUCUUAAAGUGGAGCUAGAUUUGGAAAGGAGCCUUUUCGUCAAGUAUAUUCUGGACCGCUCUGAUAACAAUGCAUCUGCCAUUUUAAAGGACACUACAAAGCCAUUGGGCUGCCAAAAAAUAAAAUUUGGACGCCAUUCUCUUGGCAGCAGUACAGCCAGGCAAUGGUCGCUGGAAGAAACCUCAUCAAGACCAAGUUCUAUUGAAAAUACAGGUUUUCGGCAUCAUUCUGGUAAGAGUGCAUUGUCUAGGACAAAAUCAUUGGAAAGUGCAUUUCCACGACCUGAUUCUCCCCUAAAUUCUACUGAGAAGUCUUGGAAAGAGAGCCCAGAAAAUGAGAGGCUUAUAAUGCCCAUUCAUAGAGAUUUCCCUGCAAAAUAUUCCUCAGAAAUGACUUUUGCCCUCUUGGAGGCCAAAAAUGAUUGUAAAACGUGGUCCUUUUUACAGGAAGGAUUCCAUCAAAAUUCUGAAGAACCCACCCAUAAUUCUUCAAAUACGACUGAAAGCAACAGCAGUGCAGGAUCACUAGAUUUGUCCGAUUUUCAUCAAACUCAUGAUGCAUCUGCACAAAAUGUCAGUAUAUUACAGAGCUGCUUGAAUGCUGAUGAUGGUUCUCAAUCAACACAAGAAUUGCUGAAUGCACUGAGAGAUUUGGAACAACGCUGCAAAGAUUUACAAGAGGAAAACAUAAUUCUGAGAAAAAGCAGUGUUCCUGAAACGGAGGAGAAGGUUAAAAGACUGAAGAGAAAAAACGCAGAGCUUGCAGUUAUAGCAAAGCGUCUGGAAGAAAGAGCUCAGAAACUCCAAGAGGCUAAUCUUAAAAUGGUAAAUACUCCAAUACACUUAAAAGGAGCCAGCUUGGAGCUGUGCAAGAAGGCAUUUGCACGUCAACGAGCAAAGGAUAUGCGUGAGCAGGCCAGCGCUCUGUUGGAGAAAGACAAGCAAAUUGAAAAUUUGAAACAAGAAUGUGAGGAACUACAGGCAAAGCUAUCUGCUGGAAAGGAUUUUCCAAGUUUGUUGAAGUUCAAUGACUUUAAUCGCCUGCUACAUGAAUCUCAGAAGGAAGUUCUACGGUUACAGAAGCAAAUUGCAUUAAAAUACAUGAAGGAAUCCCUUCAUUUGUCAAGGACUGAAUCUCACAGUUCUCCAACACCUGCUGAAGCCAUGUAUUUGAACAGAUUAAUUCAUCCUGAACAGCCCACACAGGACCCAGAUAAUUCGAUAAUGGCAACUUCAGUAGAUUCCUUUAAGGAAGUUGAACUAAGAAGAAAGCGGAAAGAAUGUGAAAUCUUAGAACAAGAGGUAAAGAAAAAGCAGAAGAGAUGUGAAGAAUUGGAAAUCAAACUUCAAGAGGUGCAAAGCGAGAAUGAACGCCUCGUGGAAGAAAAUUCACGACUCUGCGGCUCAGUAAAGUGGGCAGCAAAGGUUGAAGCUGAAAAUGCUGACUUGAAGAGACACUUAUCUGUGGUAACUGAAAAACGAGAUUCUGCCCUUAAGGAGAAUCAUCGACUGCACAGCAAGCUGGAGAACUUAGAGCAAGUGCUGAGGCACAUGCGAGAUGUGGUAGAGAGAAGGCAACAGCUGGAAAAAGAUCAUGAAGAUGCCACAAUAGCACUACAGAAAAGGCAGGAGGAAGUUAAACGUCUCCAGCAGGCCCAGGUUGAAGCCAAGAAAGAACAUGAAGGAGCAGUCCAUCUUUUGGAGAAUACUCUGGACACUUUGCAGGCUACGGUGAAGGUUUUAGAGGAGAAAUGUCGUAGUCAGACAGAGCAGUUCAGUCUGCUGUCUCACGAGUUGGAAAAAUUUCGUCUGCAAACAGGAAACAUUGACCUCCUCACCUCUACACUGGUGAAUUCAGAACUGCCUCCACCUCAGUGUUGCUCCACUCCUAGUCUUUCUUCAGUCCAGCAAGACACAACAGAUGAGUUCUCCUCCUGGGAUGUGAUCAGUUGGGUAGACAUUAGUCUGGAUGGCAGCAGUCCGAGCUUUAUUUAUCUCUCAUUUGAUGAUGUGAAUGAUUCAGUCUUUCGGAUUGCAAAUGAAAAGAAUAAGCCUGAUCAGGAAAGGAGGUUGCCUGAGACACCAGAGCAAAGCUCCAAGGUCAGCAAUGUUGAGACCCCAAAACAUGCAGCUGCCAAAGAAAAACAGAAGCCUGAAGCACCACACACCUCAUCAAAAUCAGAAUCCAUACAUGAGAGUUCCAAAUCCUGUCCCACACCAGAGGUGGACACUGCCAGUGAAAUGGAGGAGCUGGAACCAGAUAGCGUGUCAAUAAAUCCAGAACCUGAAACCCGCUCCACUGCCACGUUACAAGUCUUUCUUGCACGAUACAGCUAUAAUCCAUUUGAUGGGCCCAAUGAAAAUCCUGAGGCAGAACUGCCUCUCACAGCUGGGGAAUACAUAUACAUCUAUGGUGACAUGGAUGAUGAUGGAUUUUAUGAAGGUGAAUUAAUGGAUGGAAGGCGUGGUCUUGUUCCUUCGAAUUUUGUGGAGCGUGUCUCUGAUGAUGAUUUGAUAGCCUCUCACCCAGGUGAAGCCAAUGAGCUGUCACAAAGUUCUGCACCAGACAUUAGCUUUCUGAGUGGAAGCAGCAUUGAGAGAAGUGAGGAGGAUGAUGAUCCAAGCAGCCUCAGCCCAUUGCCAUUGCAAGGAACUGGCGAGGGAGCCGCUGAAGUCUCAGCUGUGCCUUACCCUAGAAAGCUGGCCCUUAUUAAACAACUAGCCCGAAGUGUAGUCGUUGGAUGGGAUCCUCCUCUUGUAGCAGCAGGCAGUGGAAACAUUCUCAGUUACAAUAUUUAUGUGGAUAAUGAACUCCGACAAAAUGUUCGAUGCGGAGGACAAACUAAAGCCUUGAUUGAGAAGUUAGAGCUGAAAACUCGGACGUAUCGUAUCUCUGUACAAAGCAUGACAGAGAAUGGUUGCUCAGACCGGAUGCGUUGCACUAUGUUGGUUGGCCAUGGUUACACUCUAGCUCCUACACAGCUUCGUGUUCGCAGCUUGUCAGCCACCUCUGCAGAGAUCACAUGGCAGCCAUGUAACAGCAACUAUUCACAUGCCUUGUAUCUAAAUGAAGAAAGCUGUGGAUUGACCAAGGCAGGGACCUAUUGGUACACAUUUGGCAGUUUGAGACCAAGCACCAUGUAUAAUGUCAAAGUGGAAGCACGACCUCAACGGAUUCCCUUGGAGUUGCCUAUGGAGAGAAGGGAGCCAAAAGCAACAGUUAUGCAGCUGACAACUCCUGCUGCAGGUCCUCCUGAUGCUCCACUUGACGUUCAGGUUGAGCUUGGUCCAAAGCCUGGUGUUCUGCUCAUCACUUGGCUUCCAGUGACAAUUGACGCUGCUGGAACCUCAAAUGGAGUCAGAGUAACUGGCUAUGCAGUGUAUGCUGAUGGACAAAAGGUACUGGAAGUUACUUCUCCCACAGCUGGCAGUGUGUUGGUGGGCACAUCUCACUUGCAUCUGCUGCAGGUGUCUCGGGAAAUAUCAGUUAGAACUAUGUCACCCAGUGGAGAAUCUGUGGAUUCAGUGCCAGCUCAAAUACCCUCUGCCUUUAUAAAGGUCCAAGAAAGCCCUUCCUUGUCGCAGACCUUUUCUAACUCCAGCCUUACAAGUGAGCAACCCCUGGCCUCUCUUCCAUCCAUGCCUCUCAUUUCAUCUUCUCCCUGCUCACUUCACAAUGAAGCUACAUCCACUCUGAAAGCUAAUCUCUCCACCCAUGCAAGUAGUAGCAGAGGGGACUCCUUGCCUGUCCGGAUUGCACCACAUCUUUCACCACUCAGUGCUUCCUCUGGUUACUGCCAGGGAUCUUCCAGUUUAGAGCCUUCUGAGGUUCAAGUGUCAUGCCAAGGUACACAAGAAAAAAUCUCCUCUUCUCUACCAGAUUCUGCCACACACUCAUUUCCAGGGAAGAUUGUCAGCAACUGUUUGGAAAUAUCUAAGAUCGCAUUGCAGUCUGAAGGAGCAGCAUUACAAAAUAAUCGGAAGCCAUUUCUGGACACCAAAGAAUUUAAAACCGGUGACCAAGCGAUGUGUGGCUUGCCACUGGGUGUUACAUGGAAGAAGGAAAAUACUAUAGAAUUAAAUGCAACAAACACCAAAGAGGACUGCUCAAGUCCAGAGGCAGGAUUAUCUGAAGACGCAGAAAACACGACGAGCAGCUUAAGCUUUCGAGGGGUGUCCAUUGACGACUUUCUUGAGGUUGACAAGACUGAGGGAAAGGAAUCAAGCGGGUCAAAUGUUAUGUUUGAAAAUGAGGAUGCUGGGGAAUUGCCUUUAGACACGCAUUCAAGUACUGCGCACAUAGAUCACAGUCGUAGCUCUAACCUGUCUGACAUUUUGGAAGAAGAGGAAUAUGAGGAAGAAGAAGAUUCUAGUGUUGUUCCCAGUGCCCAAAAGUGGGCUCAGACAUCCAGGAACCCAGUGACAGAUAGCUCAGGAAAGCUGGACAGUUGUGAAACGGACAGUGAUGAGGAAAUUUUUGAGAGAAUUUUGGAUCUGCCUCUACAAAAGCACUGCAGUAAAAAGCUGUUUAGUAUCCCAGAAGUGACAGAAGAAGAAGAUGAAGAAGAAGAGGAAAAUCCUGCCCCAUCAGCUUCUUGCAAAGCACAACUUUGUAAUGUGGAAAUCCCCAAAUGCCAUUAUGUGAAAACUUACCAAGCCUUUCCACAGAAAGCAGCGAGUCCAACCUGUGCAAACCUUUCUACAGAACGAUGCUGUAGGGACUUCAGUGGAAACAGCAGUAAACCUGAAUGUUCUGUGGACGACUGUGUCUUUCAGGACUGGCAGCAGAGAACAGGAAGUUGUGUUUCCCAGUCUCCACUUUACUCAGUAAAGUCACCUGUUUCUGAAAGCACAAUGUGGAAUGCCAAAAAGAACAGCAGUGUGAACGAGAGAGCCCAUUGCACGGCCGAGUCAAACAAAAAGAAGCAGAGUGAAGGAAAAGAGCACUGCAGUCGCUUGUCUUCAAAUGCUAACCAAGCUCUUCUUUAUAAUUCUAGGGGCCAUGAUGUAAAAGAGCCUGUUUUCUGUGGUACAACCAGGGAAGGUUCCCAAGUUGGCCACAGAAAUAUAAAGGUUUCAAGAUCAUAUCAAAAGCAUCAGUCUUUUGUUCCCACAAAUGUGACAUCAAAAUCUCCUAGUACUUUUAGCAGUAGACACUUGGAAAUUGAUAUUGAAUAUGAUACAGAGGAUGAAGAUGACCUGUCUGUCCCAACUUACUAUACCACGCGGACUAAAGAUGAUAUUUGGGAGGACAGUUCCCAGACAGACAGGGAAGGAUGGAGUGAAAGCUCUGACUACUCCGAGCCUAUUAGGUUUACUAAAAGAAAGGAGGCAAAAAGGCAACCUGAAAUGCAGACAGGAACAACAGAGUGUCUAAAACGACACACUUCCUUGCUACACAUUGAUCAAAUGCAUGGAGACCAGCAAGGCAGUAAUAAAGAUCAAGGCAGAACAGCAAGUAAUAAAACUAUGAGGACUGUCCGAUGGGAAAGUGCCAGAAAGGAUGAGUGGAAUGAAGAACCAAAGGUGCCAUUACAUCCAGAUAAUACUGGAACUGCAGCUUUAGAAAAGAAGACAAGAUUGAAUCACCUGGCCUUAGACUCUGAACCAGAUGUUGCCACCACACUUGCAGAGUGUCAUCAAGAUAACAGAUUUCAAGAGAAAGAGAGCAUCUCACAAAAACCAGAAGUGGAUUCUAUAAGAAUGUUUGUAGCCCUUUUUGACUAUGACCCAGAAACCAUGUCGCCAAACCCUGAUGCAUAUAUGGAAGAACUUCCAUUUAAAGAAGGACAAAUAUUACAGGUUUUUGGUGAUAAGGAUACAGAUGGAUUUUAUCGUGGAAAGCAUGGAGGGAGAACAGGAUACAUCCCCUGUAACAUGGUGUCUGAGCUACACAUAGAAAGUGAAGAAGUUAGAAGAGAACUUUUGAGACAGGGCCAUCUAACAUCACCCUCGUUAAUGAAUGACCUAGAAACCAGCGCUUUUUCUCCUCCUCUUCCUCCUACUCCUCUUCCUAUUGCACCUCCUGGCCGCUCUGCCAUUGCUCCUCCAAAACCCCGGCGCUCCAAAAAAGUACAACGGACUUCUGCAUCAGCAGAAAACAAUGUAGCAGAUAAGCAUUUGAAAACCAGCAAAUCUGACUCAAGCAUCGCUAGAAAAAUGGUGGCUAUGUUUGACUAUAACCCUAGAGAAAGUUCUCCAAAUAUGGACGUGGAGGCAGAAUUAAGCUUUACUGCUGGAGACAUCAUAACUGUGUUUGGACCAAUGGAUGAAGAUGGAUUCUUUUAUGGGGAGCUCAAUGCGCAAAGAGGAUUUGUUCCCUCCAAUUACUUAGAAGUUUCCCAGACACAAACUGAAGAAUUGACGUCACAAGGAACUGUUCAGGCAACAGGGGAAAAGUUUAGCUGUGAUGUUACUGCUGAUCAGCCAUACUCCCCUCCGAAUGUUUCAUUAUCCUCUGACCAACCUAGUGAACCGAUGGAGGCUACUGAAAGGAUGGACCAAUGUCAAGAGAUCUCCUCUACCAAGAAAAGGAAAAGUUUCUUCUCUAAAGGGAGAAAGCUCUUUAAAAAGUUAGGUUCCUCUGGAAAGAACUUGUAAAAAAUAAAAAGGCCUGGCCUGUCCAAGCUGUUAUACAGCAAUAAUACACUUAAUGUGGAGGGCUAUAUGAGCUUUUGUCUGUUACUAUCCAUCCGCUGACCCAUCUGGGAUUGGUCUGCUUUGCCACCUGUAUAUAGUACUUACUGUUAAAUGGUCUGUGAGCAGUUUUUUGUUGUCUGUGACAGCAAGAGGCCAUUAUGAAUGUACCUGACUGUUGUCUGAAAACAUAGUGAGGACAGGAAGUAGACCGUAAGCACUGAUAAACGAAGAGCUACAUUGGGGAACCAGAAGCCUGGAUUUUUUGAGCUCUUCUCAGCUAUGUUAUCUGGUUUCCACGGUUUGUCAAUUGGGCACUAAGGUGACCAUGCCUUUUCGGACAAUGUACAAUGUUUGCACUUUGUGUUCUCUCUGACUUUGUAUGCCAUGUUGCGGGAAGUGCUCUGCAGGAAGCCACAUUUCUGCAGCACCUGCUUACCCCAUACAAAAGAGAAUCAACGCCAAAAUAGCAACCUCGGCGAGACUUGAUGCGCUUCUCCCCUAAGGAAAAUAGCUUUGUUAUGUUGUGUGCAUGUUGGAAAAAAAAUGGAAUGUUCAUUUGCCUUAUUUUAUCUGAUUUGAUAUUUUAACUGUUUACAAAUGUUCUUUCUGCUGUGAGCAGAUAUGGGAGUAAUUGAUUAUAAGCCAGGGUGAUGUGUGUGUGUGUGUGUAUGUAUGUAUAUGUGU